AAAUCAUUUUGCUUAUCACCGUCUAUCUCUGAGACGCGACUCCCCUACUCCGUUGAAAUCUCUUGAACUCCCUAAUCGAUCAAACGAACCUCCCCAUUAAUUUCAUCAUCGCAUCUCCUCACUUCUCCAAUCUUUAUUAUUCCCAUUAAAGCUUCAGACGAUGUCAACCUCUUCAACUCCUCCAUGUAAAGUCUAUAAAUUAUCAAAGGAUUGGGAGGAGCUUGCAUCUUGAAAACCACUCCUCUUCUAUCAAGUCAAGAAAGAAACCUAGGAGUAUCCUUCUCACCUUCGAGAUGGUUUGGCGGUUGAUGGCGAUUCCUAUUUCAGUGAAUCGUUCAAUAGAUCGAUCUCUUCGACUCUACAAUCCUUCAAUGCCGACGAGACGCCUUCUUCUCCAAACUUCUGCGGGAAAACAAGAGGAUGCUUGAAAAGUCAAUCAUAGAGAUUGAGAGGGAGAGGCAACGCCUUCAAACACAAGAGAAGAAACUUAUCACUGAGAUUAAAAAAACCGCAAAGCAGGGACAGAUGGGAGCUGUGAAAGUGAUUCCAAAGGACCUUAUCAGAACACGGCACCAGAUUGAGAAGGUUUACAGCUCAAUUCUCUCAGGAUCCAGCGAUUGGUCAAAUGACCAGGCAGAUGAAUCUUCCUUCUCUUCAGGAAAUCGUGCAAGAGUCUCUGAGGUCAUGGGAGUUUCAAUUGAUGAUGCUUUGGAAGAAGAUGAGGAAGAGCAAGAUACCUUGACGAGAUCGCUGGUGAAUGCUCCAUCUGGUGCGGUGGCAGCACCAGUAGCAAAGAACAAGGUGGUGCAAGUUGAGGCGGCCGGAGCUUAG